AUGAGUCUCCUUAAGUCAUAUGAAGUGGACAUGCCACAAGAAAGGGUGGAAGAAAGGCAAUUAGCCAAUGUAGAAGAUCGACAUGAUGUGCCAAUUGCAGCGAACUACAUAGAACAAUUUACCACAGACAGGGUUUUUGCUACUCGGGAUGAGCUUUUGGAUUGGGCUAAGAAUGUAGGAAAGCAACUAGGCUUUGUGAUCAUUAUUAGAAGGUCUGAUUGUGGGAGUAAGGGCCGUGGGAGUAAAGGUAAACAGUUGGCUAUUUUGGUGUGCGAGAUGAGCGGCAAGUACAAACCGUACAAGCCUGUGUCGAUGCGGAAGGGGACAGGAACCAAGAAAUGUGAUUUUCCGUUCAGCCUCAAGGCAAGAUACACAUCAGAAGAUGGUUUGCGGAGAAGCAAAAGGAUUGCAAGCAACUCAGCUAAACUCCCGCCACAGCACCCGAAAGGCAAAGUUUACUCGGUCAACUACAUCCAUGAAGUGUCCGAAUUCCUCCGUGAAUAUGUCAUUGACAUUCAGAAUGUUGAAGAUGAUGGGAAUUUUGGAUAUAGAUGUAUUGCUUCCUUGAUGGGUAAGGGAGAACAAAAUUGGCGUCAAGUUCGACAAGACAUGAUAAAGGAGCUUAGAUUACGGCAAGGUGUUUAUCAUGGUAUGUAUGGCACCAACAUACAUUACGAAAAAGUACUACAAGCCUUGCAUCUUGCUCCAAAUGAGUUUGCAACAGAGGAGAAGUGGUUAUGCGUGCCGGAUAUGGGCCACAUUGUUGCUACGAUGUACCAGAUUGUGUUCGUGACCUUGUCGAAUCGAGGGGGCGCCACCUACUUCCCUCUCACCGGUCCAGUACUACAUCCGUUAGAGCACCAGAUUUUAUGUUUACUCCUUGUCAACAACAACCAUUGGGUGAAGGAGCUUAUUUCAAGUGACUUUCCUUUGCCAACGGUUAAUCCACAGUAG